AUGGACACACCAAUUGGUGCUAGUACAUCAAAGCAAGUGAAGGAAUCUGUUGCAGAAAUCCUAGACCCUGAAUACAUUGAAAUAGACAAUUCCACUAGUGAGAACCAACCACAUUUUGGAGUGACUGACAUGCUAUGCGUCUUAGAUACUAACACUCGGCAAGAGAACUUGACUACACCCAUAGAUAAAGAUAUUCUAAUACACUUCACCAACUCUAUUUCAGAUAUCACUAACUCAGUUAUUAGUUUCACACCUGUACCCAUAGAUCCGGAGGACUAUGAGGAAUGGGUACUGGCUACUGUUUAUGCCAGCCACAACCCCAACCCCAACCUUAGAGAACAGCUAUGGCAAGACCUUGAAGAUGUAGUGGACACCAUGCAACAGCCUUGGCUGGUUGCUGGUGACUUUAAUGACUAUGCAAAUCAAAGAGAAAGAAGGAGUUUCUCAACUAACCACAAUACUAGUAGAACUCAAAAAUUCCUUGAUCAAGUGAAUCGCUGUAAUCUCAUUGACUUGGGCAGCUCUGGACCUCGUAUGAUGUGGACAAACAAUAGACAAGGGCUAGCUAACACCAUGGAGAGACUUGACCGAGCACUGUGCAAUGCGGAAUGGAGGACCAUGUUUCCCGAUGCCAUAGUUAGAGUUCUCCCUAGAACUUACUCUGAUCACUCCCCCCUUAUUGUCUACACACAAGUCACUAAAUGGAAUAAAGAGGUUUUUGGGAACAUUUUUAAAUGUAAAAGGAGACUCCUUGCUAGAAUUGAAGGAAGAAAUGCUCUGGUUCCAGAAAUCUAG